AAAUGUGGGCAUGUCAUUAUCACACAGAUUUGCGAUGGAGAUUUUCUUCCCCUUCCCACCAUUUUGAUUCUCCCUCCCUCCCACACAGUAAAGAGAGAGAGAGCCAAUAAAACUAAAAACCCCAUAGAAAAACUUGUAAAUUUUGAGUUUUCUGGUUCUGGGUUCUUUCAUUCAGGUUGAAGCUGUUUCCGCUCUUCUCUGUUUUGUUAAUGGAGGAGGAGCCUACUUGUAUGUACUCACUACAAAAAGCGAGCUCACAGCAGAUGAGAGAGAGAGAGGGGAAGAAGAAUAAUAAUAUUUUAUAAAAAAAGGUACACAAAGCCAGAGAGGAAUAGAGGCACACAUAGUGGGUUUCUGCCAUAGUGAAAGAGUAUUGGGAAGGAGAGCGAUUUAGGAGACACCAAAGUUAUCCCAGAAAUCGUUUCUGAUUUCAAUUUUCUUGAGCUCCAAAGAACAAUCAAGAAAGGGAAAUAACAAUCGGGGGGAGCAAUUGAAGAAAUCCCAUGUGAAAUUCUGCGGUAAAAGCCACUCCGGAUCGAUCUGUGGAGGACCUUCUUCCUCCUCCAUCAUCUCUGCAAAUCAUUGGUUGCAUUUUCCAUCUUUUGUGAUACCCAGGAGAAACUGUGGGAGGAGUUUUCAGAAAGAAAGUGAGCGAGCUCAAGAAUGUUGCUGGUUCUUCAGGUUGGCCUAGUUCUGGUAGAGGAAUGAAGAAGAAAAGGAAGUGAAAAUGCAGGUGAGCGAUAACUCUGUGGGUUUGAAGUGGAAUGAGCAAAUGGGAACAACAAAGAAGGGUUACACAUUUGUUCAAGCUAACAGGGCUUGGCUUAGAAAGUAUCUUCUGUUCUGGAUUAUGGGGAUGGCGUUUAUCAGCAUGUUAAUCUAUAAUGGCAUGGAUGCUGAUAUCAAAGUGAGGAGGAAUGAAGUGUUGGGGAGUAUGUGUGAGCAGAGGGCAAGGAUGUUGCAGGAUCAAUUCAAUGUUAGUGUUAACCAUGUUCAUGCCUUGGCUGUCCUUGUUUCCACCUUUCAUUACUUCAAAAACCCUUCUGCUAUUGAUCAGGAAACUUUUGCAGAAUACACAGCCAGAACUGCUUUUGAACGGCCUCUACUCAGUGGGGUGGCGUAUGCACAAAGAGUGAUUCAUUCGGAGAGGGAUAUCUUCGAAAAGCAACACGGGUGGAUGAUAAGAACAAUGGAAAAGGAACCUUCGCCCGAUCGAGAUGAAUAUGCACCAGUAAUAUUUUCUCAAGAAACAGUCUCGUAUAUUGAAUCGUUGGAUAUGAUGUCAGGAGAGGAGGACCGGGAAAAUAUUUUGAGGGCUAGAGCAACAGGAAAGGCUGUCUUAACAAGACCCUUCAGGCUGCUGGGUUCCCAUCAUCUUGGAGUUGUUUUGACAUUUCCUGUUUACAAAUUCAAAUUGCCAUCCAUACCGACUGAAGAAGAACGGAUAGAAGCAACAGCAGGCUACGUUGGCGGAGCCUUUGAUGUUGAGUCACUCGUGGAGAACUUGCUUGGGCAGCUUGCAGGGAAUCAGGCCAUUUUGGUAAAUGUAUAUGAUGUCACGAACUCUUCUGAUCUUCUCGUGAUGUAUGGUCAUCAAUAUCAAGAUGGUGACUUGUCGCUUUCACAUGAGAGCAGCCUUGAUUUCGGAGAUCCAUUCAGGAAGCAUUUGAUGAUUUGUAGAUAUCAGCAGAGGGCUCCCACAUCCUGGACUGCCCUAACUACUGCAUUCUUAUUCUUCGUGAUCGGUUUGUUAGUUGGAUAUAUUUUGUAUGGUGCAGCAACUCACAUUGUGAAGGUUGAAGAUGAUUUUCAUGAAAUGCAAGUACUGAAAGUUCGAGCGGAGGCUGCCGAUGUAGCAAAAUCCCAGUUUCUUGCAACUGUUUCUCAUGAAAUUAGGACACCAAUGAAUGGCAUCCUCGGAAUGCUUGCUCUGCUUCUGGAUACAGAUCUAAGUUCCACACAGAAGGAUUAUGCUCAAACUGCCCAGGCUUGUGGAAAGGCAUUGAUAGCAUUAAUAAAUGAGGUUCUUGACCGGGCAAAAAUUGAAGCUGGAAAGUUAGAACUGGAAGCAGUUCCAUUCGACAUUCGAUCAAUACUUGAUGACGUGCUAUCUUUAUUUUCCGAGAAGUCCAGACAAAAGGGUCUGGAGCUGGCAGUUUUUGUUUCUGAUAAAGUUCCAGAAAUUGUAAUUGGAGAUCCUGGAAGAUUCAGACAAAUUAUAACAAAUCUUGUGGGUAACUCUGUUAAGUUUACUGAAAGAGGACAUAUAUUUGUUAAAGUACACCUAGCUGAGAAUUCAAAAGUCUCCAUGGACUCGGAAUACGUCAACGGAAUAUCCGACAGUGGCUUAUUCGUAUUGGAUGGUCGUGAAUUUCAAACUUUGAGUGGACGCGAGGCAGCCGAUGAUCAGAACAGUUGGGAUAACUUCAAGCAUCUAAUCGCUGACGACAACUUCCAGUCGAAUGCCGCUUCAAACAACUCAGCAGUUACCAACAAGGGUUGUGAUCAUGUUACUUUGAUGGUAAGUGUGGAGGAUACUGGAAUUGGGAUCCUUUUACAUGCCCAAAAUCGAGUUUUCACACCCUUCAUGCAAGCAGAUAGCUCGACCUCCCGAAAUUAUGGAGGGACUGGUAUUGGUUUGAGUAUCAGCAAAUGUUUAGUUGAGUUAAUGGGUGGUCAGAUCAACUUCAUAAGCCGGCCUCAGAUUGGAAGCACGUUUUCCUUCACUGCUGUAUUUGGAAAAUGUAAGAAAAACUCGAUGAAUGAUAUGAAAAAGCCCAACUCUGAAGAACUUCCCCCCAGUUUUAGAGGAAUGAAAGCAAUAGUAGUUGAUAGCAAACAUGUACGAGCUUCUGUAACCAGGUAUCAUUUGAAGAGACUUGGUAUCAUAGUUGAAGUCACCAAUAGCAUCAACAUGGCAGCUUCUUUAUUCAGAGAAAAUGGAUCCACACUGCCAAGAAACACAAUCCUUCCAGAUAUGAUCUUAGUUGAAAAGGACAUACUAAAUUCUGAUGAGGAAUGUGGGAUCAUUCAUCAUCUGAACUGGAAACCGAACGGUAGUUCGGUUAAGUUUCCAAAGCUGAUCCUUCUCGCUACCAAUAUUGCCACUGCUGAACUAGACAAGGCAAGAGCAGCAGGUUUUGCAGACACCGUGAUCAUGAAGCCGUUGAGGGCGACUAUGGUGGCUGCCUGUCUUCAACAAGUACUCGGGGUUAAGAAUCAGAGACGGCCGAAUGGUUCUGCUUUCCUCCAGAGCCUUCUCUGUGGCAAGAGAAUCUUAAUUGUUGAUGACAACCGAGUAAACCGUCGGGUCGCUGCAGGCGCUCUGAAGAAAUUUGGUGCAGAUGUUGAGUGUGCAGAUAGCGGGAAAUCUGCACUGAAGUUGCUUCAGCUACCGCAUAAUUUUGAUGCUUGCUUCAUGGAUAUUCAAAUGCCUGAAAUGGAUGGGUUUGAGGCGACUCGUCGUAUCAGGACAAUGGAGGUCGAGGCAAACAAAGGAGGAUUGUCUGCAACAGAAGGCAAACGGCCUAUACCAAUAUUAGCAAUGACUGCAGACGUGAUUCAUGCUACGUACGAAGAAUGCCUGAAAUGCGGUAUGAAUGGUUACGUCUCGAAACCCUUUGAAGAAGAAAAUCUAUACAAGGAAGUUGCCCGAUUUUUCAAAAAACCAUAGUCCAUCAAAAGCUUCAUGAAUGACAAGAGGUCAUCAGCUGUAGAGCUCCUUUUGGUGGGUUGGAAAGUACCAGCAAGUUUUGACACCAUUGCUGGUGCUAACUGUCCUGUUGCUGGUGACCGAGGAACCGAGUUCAACGAGGGCGUCGGGAAUUCUCGACUGCCAUUGAGACUCGGGUUUGAGCUGCUACCAUUUCUAACCAACUAAAUAUUUUAUUUUGACUAGAAUGUGAGUACCUACCUGUAUACUACACCAGAAAUAUCCAUCCCCAAAUGGAUGUAUAAUUAUGGUUGCAAGGGGAAGGAGCUAAAUUGUAAAUGCUCAUAUUUCUAAGACCUCUUCUAAACAUCUUUAUAGUUGGUUGGCUUAGGCUCUUCAUUUUCUCUACUUAAUAUUUACAUCAAGCUCAUUCAUAA